UUUUUUCCAGCUCCCCUGAUCUGAUUUGGGUCCCUCUUCUCUUUAAUCCGUGUGGAUCCAUUAAGUCUGCCACUUAAAAUGGACCAGGUGUUUUCCUUCUUUUUGACAGUUGUGUUGUCUGUCUUUUUAUCCUCUUGUACGUUACUAAAUUCCUCCAUCAAAUCAAAGGUUUAUUUGUCACAUGCGCCGAAUACAACAGGUGUAGGUAGACUUUACAGUGAAAUGCUUACUUACAGGCUCUAACCAAUAGUGCAAAAAUGGUAUUAGGUAUUAGGUGAGCAAUAGGUAAGUACAGAAAUGAAAACAGCAGUAAGAAAGACAGUGAUAAAUAACAGUAGCGAGGCUACAUACAGACAGCGGUUAGUCGGGCUAAUUGAGGUGGUAUGUACAUUUUUAAAUAUAUUUUUUUACUUUAAUUUAACUGGGCAAGUCAGUUAAGAACAAAUUCUUAUUUUCAAUGACAGCCUGGGAACAGUGGGUUAACUGCCUUGUUCAGGGGCAGAACGAUAGAUUUGAACCUUGUCAGCUCAGGGAUUCGAUCUUGCAGCCUUUCGGUUACUAGUCUCAACGCUCUAACCACUAGGCUACUCUGCCGCCCCUAUACAUGAAUGUAUAGUUAAAGUGACUAUGCAUAUAUGAUAAACAGAGAGUAGCAGCAGCGUAAAAGAGGGGGUGGCAGGACACACACAAUGCAAAUAGUCCGGGUAACCAUUUGAUUACCUGUUCAGGAGUUUUAAGGCUUGGGGGUAAAAACUGUUGAGAAGCCUCUUGGACCUAGACUUGGCACUCUGGUACCGCUUGCCAUGCAGUUGGAGACUUUUAUCUCCCUCACCAACUUCAAACAUCAGCUAUCCGAGCAGCUAACCGAUCGCUGCAGCUGUACAUAGUCUAUAGGUUGAUGGCGGUGAAUGUGUUCUCCAUCUCUUCGGCUCUGGAGAACCUGAGUCGUCAUGAGAUGCUGUCCUGGGUCAACGACUCUCUACGGCUCACUUACACCAAGGUAGAACAACUGUGUUCAGGUGCAGCGUAUUGUCAGUUCAUGGACAUGUUGUUCCCUGGCUGUGUCCUGCUGAAGAAGGUGAAGUUCGCAGCCCGGCUGGAACAUGAGUUCAUCAACAACUUCAAGGUCCUACAGGCCUCCUUCAAGAGAAUGGGCGUAGACAAGAUCAUCCCAGUAGAGAGGCUGGUGAAGGGGAGGUUUCAGGAUAACUUUGAGUUCAUCCAGUGGUUUAAGAAGUUUUUUGAUGCCAACUACGACGGGAAGGAGUAUGACCCUGUGGCCACACGCCAGGGGCAGGAGGGCGCCCCCUCACCCAACCCAGGCCCCCAGAGGACAUCUCCCACAGUGACCAAGACAGCCCCCUCCAGGCAGAUAAACUCUGCCUCCAUCCGCAGGGCGAUGCCCACUAGAGCAACCAGACCAUCAGACGCUGAGAUCCUAGAACUGAACCAGCAGAUGUUGGAUCUGAAGCUGACGGUGGAUGGUCUGGAGAAAGAGAGAGAUUUCUACUUCAGUAAGCUGAGAGACAUCGAGUUGAUCUGUCAGGAGAAUGAGACCAACGCCAGCCCAACACUCUCCAAGAUCAUGGAUAUACUGUACGCUACUGAGGGCGAGGUUGAGAAAGAGAAUACCUUCUCAGACAACUUACCUGAUCACUAAAGGAUGGCUUCAUGGCGCCAGAGUACGACAUGGAGGAGGCGCCACAGGGAGACCAAGAAGAAUACUAAACACACCUCCUUUCUCUGCACCACUCCACGCCUCCUUUCUCUGCACCACUACACACCUCCUUUCUCUGC